GACCAGUGUCGGUCUUUCGCACCAAGUCCGUUUCCGUCGCUCACCGUCUCCGUGGCCGCGAUGCACUCCUGAACGCGUCGCGCCUCCUCCAGCGAUCGAUACACGUGAUCCACCGUCGGAGACGCAAACGAAGCCACACGUCUGAGCAAGAUGCCUCAAAAGGACCGGACUGCUCCGACAAUGACGUCCCGCAACCGUCUGCCGACUGAUUCUAGGCCCAAUAAAUCAAGACCAAAGAAAAUAGACAAAGUAUUACAAAACGGCCAGAGUAAUUCUAAAUUGAAACAAUUUAAAAAAUCAACAAAAAUGGAUGCCCACUCAAUUGUGAUAUGGAAACAUCCUUUCUUAACUUUAGAUUAUUUCUGUAAAGAAGUAGUUUGUUUAUCCAAAUCAUUUGUUAAAAAAUUAAUUAGUUAUGAGUUAUAUGUGCUUCUAGCACUUUUAGUAAUUUCUACUCCAAUUAUUUUAUUAUACAUAGAAGGUCCUCAUUUACCAAUAUUAAUAUGGGCAAAAUCAAAAAUUGUAUGGUGUCUCUACUGGUUAGGUUUAGGAGUUUUAUCAUCUGUUGGUUUUGGUACUGGCCUUCAUACAUUCCUUCUUUAUUUGGGCCCGCACAUAACUUCUGUUACUUUGGCUGCCUAUGAAUGUGGAGGACUUAACUUCCCUGAGCCUCCAUAUCCUGAACAAAUUAUUUGUCCUGAUGAAGUCGACAGCGCCUGGGUAGCUAGUUUGUGGAACAUCAUGUUGAAAGUAAGAGUUGAAGCCAUGAUGUGGGGAGCAGGUACUGCACUUGGUGAAUUACCACCAUACUUUAUGGCUCGUGCUGCUAGACUUUCUGGUCGACCACCUGAUGAAGACAAGGAAGAUUUAAUAGAAUUUGAAGAAUUACUGAAAAAAGAAAAGCAUCCUGAAACAAUGACUCUGGUAGACAAGUCAAAAUUGUUUGUCGAACGACUUGUAAAAAAAGUUGGUUUCUUUGGAAUUUUAGCCUGUGCCUCUAUUCCAAAUCCAUUAUUUGAUCUUGCUGGGAUUACAUGUGGACACUUCUUAAUACCAUUCUGGACCUUUUUCGGAGCUACUCUUUUGGGUAAAGCUGCGAUUAAAAUGAGUAUACAAGUGUUAUUUGUUGUGGUGGCUUUCAAUGAAACUCUUAUUGCAAGGGUACUUGAUAUUGUUGGAAAAAUCCCAGGAGUUGGAAAAAAACUGCAAGCACCCAUUACAACGUUUUUAGAAAACCAAAAACAAAGGCUACAUGCCAAAAAAGACUCGAAGGGUACAAAUAUUGCUGUGAAAUUGUUUGAUCUUUUUGUGUUAUCAAUGGUUCUAUACUUCAUAGUGUCAUUAAUUAACUCUAUGGCACAAAAUUAUUAUAAGCGAACUCAUAAGACUUCAAAAAAGCGAUUAAACGACUGACAUACGGUUGUCAACCGUUUGAAAAAAUCUUAUCGUAAGUCCAAACGGCAUUGAAUAAUUACUACUCAUUCAUUCAUCCAAUUAUUUUCAUAUAAUUUAAAAAUUAUUAUUUCUUGGUACACAAUAAUAAGUCUUACAUUAUAUAUUUAUUAUAAAUUAAUAAAUAUUACAGGGUUUUGAUUUAUGACUAUUAUUAUAAAAAUAAAUAAAAUAAAAUAUUUGUAAACUUAAUAUUACUGUAUUAUUAUGCUGCUCAAUAAACUAAAUGAAAAUUGUUACAAUUGUAAAACAUAGUAUAUUAAUAUAUAAAAAUGUAUUAUCCUGAACGGCAAUUUUGAGCAGCUAACAUUUUUUAUUUGUAUUUUUAUUAUGUUAAAAAUAAUAAUUUUUAUUCCGUAUGGUGUAUUUUAUAUGAAAUAUAUUAUUUUGCUCAGCAAAAUAAAUUUAUUGUAAAAAUAUUUUUAAUGUAUCUUUGUAAUCCACAAGUGUUACCAAUAUUUAAUUUAAGGUGUAAUUAUUAUAAACCAUACGGGAAAGACUUUAUUAUUCAGAUUUAAAACUUUUUCGUUUAUUAAAAAUUUUUAAUGUUGUUUUUUCUAAUUUGAAUGUAUGUUAUAGCAAAAAUAAACAUUUGCCCAAAACAAUAAUAUGUAUGUCUGUUAAAAAUAAUCCGGGCGAUUAUCAAAAUACAAUGUCACUAAGAAUCACGCCCAAUCAAAAAAAUUCAUUUUUAGUUUGAUUUUAUAAAAUAUGUUAAUGUAGUUUUAACAAUAAAGGUUAUUGUUGAAAAAAUGAAAGUAAUGUUAUUUGAUAGUCGCCAUACAACAGUGGACGCUUGUGUAAAUCCUUAAAAUGUUUGUGAUUUUUAUAGGUAUUUAUAGUGUAAUAUGUGUUAAAUUUAGUGGUAGAAGACUGUUCCUCUUCUGAAAAUUUGUUCAUUCCUGUUUUGAAAAAUAAAAACUAAAUAAUUAUAAUUACAUGAAAAAAUAUUUUAAAUAAAUAUUAUUAUUAUGAUUUUUUUUUCUUUGUCAAUCUGUUUGUUGACAAAUCACAUACAUAAAUGUUCAUUUGUAUAUUAUGUGUGCGUGCCAGUAAUUAUGCAUUCGUUGACAAUAAAUAAUUAAAUGUUCCAUUUCGUGUGUUUUAGUAAAUCAGUAUAGUGUUAAAGACUAUUUUUGUUCUCAUAAUAUACUUAUGUGUUUUUCUGUUAUUGUGUAAGAUUAUUACUUAUUAGACUUUUCAAAGAAUAAUAGUGUAGUGUGUAGGGUAUGUUGUAUGUAUUGCAUUUUAAUAUUAAAUGGUUUAAUGGACUUGCAGUGACAUAAUAAUUGUCCUCGAUAUAUAUCGUAGCAAUGUGUUUGUAUUUCAUGUAGAAUUAUUAAUUUUAUUUUUCCUAAAUAAUAUGAUGCAAUACUUGUUUGUAUGAUAUAUUGCAUUGUAUUGGUCGAUGACCAAAUUUAUUUUUACCAACAUGAUUGUAUGCAUAGACUUACAUUGUGUACAUCUAUUUUGAGCUCCUAUAUGGAUACAUUAAGGCUUUUAAUAUUAUUAUUUACAUGUAGUAUGUACACAUACACACAUAUAAUGUACAAAGCAUAUUACAUGAGUGUAUUCUUAUUUUCAAAUAAAUUAUUUAAUUAUGUAUUUAUUCGAAAUGAAAACCAAUAAAAUGAUGCUGUUGUUUUA